AUGUCGAAGCACGUCCGCGUCUUAUACUGGUUCCGCACCGACCUCCGCCUGCACGAUUCGCCGGCACUUCAAGCCGCGCUCGAUCUCAAACCUGCCGCACUCUUCCCAGUAUGGUGUUGGGAUCCCAACUAUGUCUACAAGCACCGUGUCGGUGUCAACCGCUUCCGCUUCCUACUAGAAUCGAUGAUCGCUCUAUCCAAAAAUAUUACUUCAACGCAAUCCAAUUCACAACUUCUUGUUGUUCGUGGAGAACCCACUGAAUUGCUACCAGAGCUUUGGAAAAGAUGGAGCAUUACCCAUUUGGUCUUCGAAAAGGAUCCCUCUGCUUAUGGCAGACGACGGGACCAGCUAAUCCUCGAAGCUGCAGAGAAGAGCAACGUCAAAGUGGUGGCUGUCCAAGGACAUCAUCUCUACGAUCCCGAGCAAGUGGUGAACAAGAACAAGGGCAAACCAACCAUGUCGAUGAGCACGCUCCAAAAAAUCGUUGCAGAUAUGGGCGAUGUGCCCAAGCCCAUUGACGCCCCUGAGGACCUGCCGCUGCCAACGUUGAAGGACUCAAAGUCGAAAUCUCUCCAGGAUACACUGCCAGAACUGGCGAGAUCGCUGGAAGGCCUGCCAUACUACACGGGUAAGGGUCGUGAAGGUCCCGAAUCAAUCGAUCUCAACUCAACAGAGCUGGGGGGACAGAGGGACAAAAAGGUCAGCUGCUAUGACACCGUUCAAGGCGAAGCAUCCGAGCUGUUUUCAGCUCCCACGCUUGCUUCGCUCGGAAUGGACGCUAGCAAGGUCAAAGAUACAAUCAAAGGGGGCGAACCAAUCGCUCUCGAGAAGCUCGCCAACAUUUGUAAGGAUGCCAAGUAUGUGGCUACAUUUGCCAAGCCCAAGACGUCUCCGGGACAGUCUGCCGAGGACCCCUCGACAACGCUCCUUUCCCCCUACCUCAAAUUCGGCUGCCUCAGCGUACGGAAGCUGUGGUGGGAUGCUGAAGAAGCCAAGAACAGGUACAAGGGUGGAAGCAAGACUGGUCCACCCGAAAACUUGAACGGUCAGUUGUUGUUCCGAGAUAUGUAUGCCUGUGCCGAAUACGCCAUCGGCGAUGCUUUCGGACGUGUACGCGGCAACGAAGUGUGCCGAUACAUGGACUGGUAUCUCCCCACGCACUACGAUGAGAACGGCGAAGUGGUUCUUCCACGUCCAGCUGGCGAUGCUGUCAGCGAAGCGCGUCUGUCAGCCUACAAGCUUGGCCAAACCGGAUUCCCGUGGAUCGAUGCUCUGAUGCGUCAGCUGCGUCUAGAAGGUUGGAUGCACCACCUGGGCCGACACUCUGUCGCCGCGUUCUUGACUCGCGGUCAAUGUUGGAUCUCUUGGGAGCGAGGUGCCGAGAUCUUUGACGAAUACCUAAUUGACUGGGACCCAUGCUCCAAUCCAGGCAACUGGAUGUGGCUCUCCUGCUCCGCCUUCUUCACCCAAUACUUCCGUCUUUACGGACUAGCCACCUUCCCCGCCAAGUACGAUAAAACCGGCGCCCUGGUACGCAAGUACUGUCCAGAACUAGCCAAAUUUCCCGACAAGUACAUCUACGAGCCAUUCAAUGCUCCCAAAGAGGUACAGCAGAAAGCGGGCUGCAUCAUCGGUAAGGACUACCCUUUGCCCAUGCUCGAUGAGAAGGAGGCGAAGGCCGAAAACAUGGCAAGGAUGAAGAUUUGCUACCAGGCAAAUCUGUAUGGAACCAGCAAAGAGGUACUGGAAGGUAAGGCAGAUGAGAUGCUACGGAAAAAGCACGGGUUUAAGGAUGCACCCAAGGAGUUUGAUUGGAACAAUCGACCAGGAGCCAAAAUUCCAAAAUGGGCAAGAGCACCGCACGGCGAAGAACAUACGACAAAGGGAGCACCAGGACAUGAAGAUGGCCCGCCGUUGACCAAAGAGGAGGGAGAAAGUGGUGACGAUUCCGACGAUGUUGUGUACAAGCAGGAGGACGAGCAAAAGGAGGAACGAACUAGCAAGAAGCGCAAAGCUGCCGCCAAAGUAGAGGGUACAAGCAAAAAGAAAGAAUAG